UUUUGAAGAAAACAAAUACUUCUGACGUGUGAGAUGUUGGCAUCAAAAACAUGGCGGGUGCCAUAUGGCUGAUCAAAACACACCGGACAUCCCUAAACACCGUAGCUGAAGUCGUCAAAGAAUUCUACUGUUUUCGUUUUCGACUGUUCUUGAAACAUACAAUGAUACAAUUUGUGAUUUUGAUAUCGCUGUGCCUUUUGGUGCUGAGUGUGGAUCGGGCGGACGCGUCCGGCAUGGAUUUCACUGAUACUGUCGCACUAAUUCUUGGCCUUGUCAUAGGUACCAUCGGCAUACUCGCCUGCUUGGGACGUUAUUCCCGUCGUCUGCGGGCUGAGCAACUUUGAGACGGCUUAUUGUUGAGUGGCAGUAAAGACCAUAACACUUAAAAUAAGUAUAGUUUGUAAGCAUAUUUCAAAAUCAAGUACCAAAUGAGUUUCCUGCGUUUGAUCAAAAGACCGGCUGUUAACGCUGCAGGAGCCUUUAGCAGAAUGCAGCCCGUUUUGAACAUUAGAGCAAAAUUAAUCAUUCGAAAUGAGUCGAGAUGCCUUUCUUCGGACACGUUUGCUUCCGGCGUUUGGACAACUAUAUCACAAAGUACACCCGUGGCAUAUGUACAACAAGGAUUGAUCAAUAUACAUGACAUUUCCGGCCUGCCUUGGUGGGCCUCUAUCAUACUUUCGACAGUUGUUCUGAGAUCCGCGGUGACAUUACCUCUGGCGAUAUACCAGAACAAAAUCAUUGCCCGGUUAGAAAAAAUAACUCUUGAGAUGCCGGAUUUGGUGAAAGAGCUUAAGAAAGAGACUGCAUAUGCGAUGAAGAAGUUCAAUUGGACCGAGCAACAAGCCAGAAUGAUGUACAAUCACUCGUUGAAAAAACAAUGGAACAAUUUGGUAAUCCGAGAGAACUGCCAUCCGGCAAAAACAAUGAUUCUUCUUUGGGGUCAAAUACCGCUGUGGAUCGUUAUGUCUGUAGCAAUACGCAAUAUGGCUCUAAUGUUGCCGGAUCCCAAUUCGAUUGAGGCACAAAUAACUUUCGCCGAGCUAACAUUGGGUGGAAUGGCGUGGAUACCGAAUCUAACAGAUGUAGAUCAUUCACUUAUAUUGCCUCUGGCUAUGGGACUCAUCAAUAUAGUGAUCAUUGAGAUACAAAACGUGGCAAGAACAAAGCCACCCACAAAAUUGCAAAAGAUAUUAACUAAUAUGUUCCGAGGUCUAAGCGUUUUAAUGGUUCCUGUUGCAGCUACAGUUCCUUCGUGCCUUUGUCUCUACUGGGUAACGUCCAGUGCUUGUGGGUUCAGUCAAAAUCUACUGCUGAUGUCGCCACGGUUUAAACGAUUGGUUGGAAUUCCCAAAGUUCCUUCGGAGAUUGCCCGACCAUAUGAGCAUAUAAAAACAUCAUUCGCAGCGAAAUAUAAUUCUUUAUUGAGAAAAAUAAGACUACACUAGAAAAACGAUUGUAAAGUUUAUUGUAAAAAAAGUUUUGGUCCAUAAAAAUAUUCAUUGUU